AUGAACAGACAGGAAUCCAUAAACUCGUUUAAUUCGGACGAAACAUCUUCGUUGUCUGAUGUGGAAAGUCAGCAGCCGCAACAAUAUAUCCCUUCAGAGAAUGGGUCUAAGUCCAAUAUGGCUCCCAAUCAACUGAAGUUGACUCGGACAGAGACGGUGAAGUCAUUGCAAGACAUGGGUGUGAGCUCCAAGGCCCCAGUUCCUGAUGUCAACGCUCCCCAAUCUGGUAAAAAUAAGAUAUUUCCUGAAGAAUAUACUUUAGAAACGCCAACAGGGUUGGUCCCCGUUGCCACUCUACACUCCAUAGGGAGGACUUCCACUGCAAUCUCUCGUACAAGAACUAGACAGAUUGAAGGUGCAUCUUCGCCCUCCUCUAAUGAAGAUGCUUUAGAAAGUGAUAAUAAUGAGAAAGGUAAAGAAGGCGACUCUAGCGGUGCCAAUGAUGAGGCGCCAGACCUAGAUCCUGAAAUUGAGUUCGUUACUUUUGUCACUGGCGAUCCAGAAAAUCCUCAUAACUGGCCUGGAUGGAUUCGUUGGUCCUACACAGUCCUUUUGUCCAUCCUGGUCAUUUGCGUUGCCUACGGUUCUGCUUGUAUCAGUGGUGGUUUGGGAACUGUCGAGAAAAAAUUUCAUGUCGGUUUGGAAGCUGCUAUUUUGUCGUGUUCUUUGAUGGUUAUCGGCUUCUCGCUGGGCCCUUUAAUUUGGUCUCCUGUUAGUGAUCUAUACGGUAGAAGAGUCGCUUACUUCGUCUCCAUGGGUCUUUAUGUCAUUUUCAACAUUCCUUGUGCUUUAGCUCCCAAUUUAGGAUGUCUUUUAGCCUGUAGAUUUUUAUGUGGUGUUUGGUCAUCAUCCGGUUUGUGUCUAGUCGGUGGGUCUAUUGCUGAUAUGUUCCCAAGUGAAACAAGAGGUAAGGCCAUCGCCUUCUUUGCCUUUGCUCCUUAUGUUGGUCCCGUGGUGGGUCCAUUGGUAAAUGGUUUUAUUUCCGUUUCUACCGGCCGCAUGGACCUGAUCUUUUGGGUCAAUAUGGCCUUUGCGGGUGUUAUGUGGAUCAUCGCCUCUGCUAUUCCAGAAACAUACGCUCCUGUCAUCUUAAAGAGAAAGGCUGCCAGAUUGAGAAAAGAAACUGGUAACCCAAAGAUCAUGACUGAACAAGAAGCACAAGGUAUUAGUAUGGGUGAAAUGAUGAGAGGUUGUUUGUUAAGACCUUUAUACUUUUCUGUCACUGAACCUGUUCUGGUUGCCACUUGUUUUUACGUGUGCUUAAUUUACUCUCUAUUAUAUGCGUUCUUCUUUGCCUUCCCUGUCAUUUUUGGUGAGUUAUAUGGCUACAAAGACAAUCUUGUGGGGUUGAUGUUUAUUCCAAUUGUUAUCGGUGCCUUGUGGGCAUUGGCUACAACAUUCUACUGUGAAAACAAAUAUCUGCAAAUCGUCAAACAGCGUAAACCAACUCCAGAAGAUCGUUUGUUGGGUGCCAAGAUCGGUGCCCCAUUUGCUGCUAUUGCUCUUUGGAUUUUAGGUGCUACUGCUUAUAAGCACAUUAUUUGGGUUGGCCCUGCUUCGGCUGGCUUAGCUUUUGGAUUUGGUAUGGUGUUGAUUUAUUAUUCAUUGAAUAAUUACAUUAUUGAUUGUUACGUCCAAUAUGCCUCCAGCGCUUUAGCAACAAAGGUUUUCUUAAGAUCUGCUGGUGGUGCAGCCUUUCCAUUAUUCACCAUCCAAAUGUAUCACAAGUUGAAUUUACAUUGGGGUUCUUGGUUAUUAGCUUUCAUUUCAACUGCUAUGAUCGCGUUGCCUUUUGCAUUUUCCUAUUGGGGUAAAGGUUUGAGACAUAAAUUGUCCAAGAAAGAUUACUCCAUAGAUAGUAUUGAGUAA